CGCAGAGCCACCAGCCCCGUCCCGCCGCUCUCCGGGCGCUCUCCAGCCUCCGCGGCCGCCCGGCGCCGGCCCCGGCCCGCCCUCUCCGGGCAGCGCGAGCCGCCUCCCGUCCUCACCUCCCUCCCCGCGCGGUGCAGCCCGGCCGCAGCGGCGAUGCGCCUCAUCCAGAACAUGUGCACCAUCGCCGAGUACCCGGCCCCGGGCAGCACCGCCGCCGACUGUUGCCUGGGGGCCGCCGGCCGUCGGCUCGUCAAGAUCGCCGUGGUGGGGGCCAGCGGCGUGGGCAAGACCGCUUUGGUGGUCCGCUUCCUCACCAAACGAUUCAUCGGAGACUACGAACGAAAUGCAGGUAAUCUCUAUACAAGACAAGUCCAGAUAGAAGGAGAAACCCUGGCCAUUCAAGUUCAGGACACGCCAGGCAUUCAGGUCCACGAGAACGGCCUGAGCUGCAACGAGCAGCUGAACCGCUGCCUUCGCUGGGCAGACGCCGCGGUCCUCGUUUUCUCCAUCACCGACCACAAGAGCUAUGAACUCAUUGGCCAGCUCCACCAGCACGUGCAGCAGCUUCACCCGGGCACGCGGCUGCCCGUGGUAGUGGUGGCCAACAAAGCUGACCUCUUGCACAUCAAGCAGGUCGAUCCUCAGCUUGGACUGCAGCUGGCCGGCAUGCUCGGGUGCUCCUUCUACGAGGUGUCCGUCAGUGAAAACUACAACGACGUCUACAAUGCUUUCCAUGCCCUGUGCAAAGAAGUGAGCCAUAAACAGCAGCCCAGCAGCACCCCCGAGAAGCGCAGAACCUCCCUCAUUCCCAGGCCCAAGUCACCCAACAUGCAGGACCUGAAGAGGAGGUUUAAGCAAGCUCUGUCUGCCAAAGUGAGGACUGUCACCUCCGUCUGAAGGGUGACUCCUGCAGGGGGGUUGGUCUUCGGGGCAGAGGGCCUGAAGUUCUUCUUGGGCGAGACCAUUGCAGGUUGAUGGUGGCUCACGGUUCCAGGAAGGGUUGCGGCACAGGGGCCUACGGGGCCUGCGGAAUUCUGCAAGAGAAAGGAAGCGUGUGGAGCCUGAGGACAGACGGAUGGAUACGUGACUUCUCUGCCCAGUCCUUCAAGUGGAGAUGGGGCAUGUUUUUGUUUCUCACUGCCUUAGAAAUGAUGGUCAGUUUCACCAGAUACAUUGAUGUGAGUUAGGGUGGGGAUGAAAGCACAGGGUAAGCGAUUCACAGGCUUUCUCUUCCUCCUCCAUUUUUGUUUUUCUCCCAAGAGGAAGGUUUGCUUUCCUCAGUGUCUCCAACAUGCUAUCUUUACAGGAUGCCUUCCUAACUUGAAGGUCACCCAGGUUUGAGAACAAGGAGGGACCCUCCCUACCCCACAAAGGUCCAAUUUUAGACCAAAAUAUCCUGUGUCUAGACACCUAUGAUCUGUUGGAAGGUGCUGGCUGUCCUGACACAGGAUGGAUAAUGUGUGUUGAGUAGCUGGGAGAGACUUAACCCUGGACUGCCUGGACUGUACAGUCAUUUGUUUUUUCUUUGAACUGUGGCAUCAGGUACAGAAAAAAAAAAAAGUAUUAAUUGACAGUGGUGUGGUUUGUGUAAAUGACUCAUGGCAAUGAUGUUGGGUUGCUUCCUGGGCCUGGCUGAGUUGUGGCAAUGGGUGGCUGCGAUACUGAAAUGCUGUCUUCUAGCGUGACCAGAUGCAGGGCUACCUGCCAAAUCCCCUACACAGAUGCACUUUAAGAAGCCAUUUAUGCUUUGGCUCAAACUGUAAUUAAUUUAUUUUAUGUACAAUAAAUCUCUCAUUUGAUAAGAGCA